AUGUCGCCUGUCGAUGAAUCGCCUGCAUUUAGCCACAGCAUUCUUGCUGCCUCCACGGCCGCGUCGAGGCAUACGCCCCAAAUCUCCAAGACGUACCGCCAAGCUUCGACCCUGUUCCUCACGCGGCGGCUCCCCGAGGCGCUCACGACUCUGUCGUCGCUCAUCACCCCCCACGCCCCUGCCGACGACGGGGAGCCCGCGCCCGUCGCCUCGGCUUCGAGGACGACGCGAAUCAAGGUGUGGAGCCUGUACCUGACCAUUCUCAAUGCCGUGCUGGAAAUGAGCCCGCAAGACGGCAAGGAGGCGUUCGGGAAUCAGGAAUGGAGGGCGUUGUGCGCAAAGGUCCGCGAGGGCCACGUGUGGGAACAAGUUGUCCGCGACGGCUACCACGGCGUGGAAGGCGACGUCGAUUCAGACGUCGUCAUCAACCUAGCCACUCUCCUUCUUGCGCAUGCUCGCGACCAACUACUGAAUCAGCGCCGACUGGAGACGUACUUGGCCACCACGGCCCCGCCCAGCGUCGACCUGGCUGGCAAUCCCCCCCCGUCGCCCGCUCCCGGCUCGCGCACCGGCUCCCGGUACAGGUCGCCGGCCCCGGGGGCCAGCGGCGCGGACACGCCUCGGGAUCUCAACGCCCGGGUCAAGAUACUCGAGCUGUACACCCUGCAUGUGCUGCUGCGCAACGACGAGUGGGGCUACGCUCGUGACUUCAUCAGCGCCAGCUCCGUCUUGGACGAGGAACGCAGAGAAGCCUUCCUGCAGGCGCUCCAGAGCCUGCAGGAGGACAAGCAGGAGCAGGAGCGCCUGCAGCGCCAGGAGCGCCAAGGGCAAGAGGACAUUUUGCGGCGCGAGGUCGAAGAAACUCGGCGGCGGCGGCAGCAACGAGCCGAGAUCGAGGCCCGGGAGCGCAAGAAGCCGGAGGAGGAAGCGCCUGCGAGACGAAUCGCCGACGAAUGCGACUACGGAGUCGCCGACGAGUCCUCGUCGUCCAACAGAGCAUCGCGGCAGAGCCGGCCGCAGCGCCGGCCGGCCAAGGCUGGCGUCCCGCCACGUCCUGGCGCCAAGGCGACUGCGACGGCGCCGGCGACGCUCCCUGGUCGAGCGACGUUGAUCGCGGGCCGGCUGUGGCAGCUGCUCCAGGAGCUGGCGGCUUGGCUCAACGGCAACCCGGCGCUGCUGGCCAGGUUCCUGGCUUUCCUGGUCGGGUUCCUGGCCAUGCUGGGCCACGGCGGCACCCGGCGGCGGAUGCAGCGAGUGCUCCGGGCCUCGUGGCACAAGGUAAUAGCCACGGCGGGAAUGGGCACCAAGGUCAGCUAUAUCUGA